CUGAAACCCCCACCCAUGGACCACGAUGUCGUCGGCGGCACUCCUUCCACUGAGGAAGGCCACGGCGUUGUACAACUACACCCCUGAUGAAGAAGAUGAGCUGGAACUCCAUGAAGGGGAUGUCGUGUGCGUCAUCAAGGAGCAAGACGACGGGUGGUGUCGAGGGUUUGUCGAGUCCGACUCAAUCAAGCAUAUGGGUCUGUUUCCAUCCAACUACGUCCGCAAUGUCACGCCGUCACCACCGUCGACAAUCAGCGCACUCCCUCCGUCGCAUUUACCGCCUUAUCGACCUGUGGUGACCGUUAAGACACCGAUUGCGCGACGGGCCAUGGCUUCGUUUGAUUACCUUCCUCGCGAGCCUGACGAAUUACCGCUUCGGAUGGGAGACGUGGUGGUUGUCCUGGAGACCUUGGACGACGGAUGGUGUCGGGGGUACAUCGCGUCGGACUCGUCCCAUCACGAAGGACUGUUUCCUGCCAACUACGUUGAUAUGCAAGAAGAUAGCUGGACCAUCACAUCACAUCUAGGCAAUGCCGCCAGCAAGUCUCCAACGAAAGCAGCUCCUUCCAAGGCAUAUCCUGCACUGGAUAACACGACACCACUUGACGACAACGAAAGUGAUGAUGAUGAUCCGCAUUGGAGGCACAAAGGCAAGUCCAUAAACCUCUCCCACAGCGGCUCGAGAGCCCUCCACCCAAGUGCCGUCGAAGCCACGGAACCACGAGCUUCUUUAGAGUCUAUGCAAGAACCUGCGGACUUGAAAGAACAACUACUGCCUGAGGGGGAGUCGGGAUAUUACGACGACCGUGGCAACUACGUCAUGGCGGACGGCGGGUACUACAGCCCCGACGGGCUCUACUUCCCCAAGAUUCUGGACCCGACGACAACGCCCGCAGGGUAUUACGAUGCUGACGGCUACUACAUCACCGACUCGGGGUAUUUCGAUCUGCAAGGCCAUUACCACGACAACACGACAGAAGCAACAACCACGAAGCAGUCCAAGGAGAACGCGGCCAAGACAGGAACGAAGAGCAUUGGGUCCGUCGUGCAGCUCAAACAAGCGUUGAAGAGAGCCAAAGCCAACGCCGACGCCGCCCAAGCCGCACGUCGCGAGGCGGAAACGCAAAUGCAAAUGGAACUGGAAGCGAGGCGCCGGUCAGAGCGGGCGGCGGCGGCCCGCGUGGAGCGGGAGCGCGCCCACGAAGUGCAAACCAAGGUCAUCCAGCAAACGAUUCAGAAUCAGAUUCAAAAGCAAUUGGCCAAGUCGACGCCACCACCAUUUGCCCACCAACAACACGAAGUUCAACCCGUCGAGCACAUUCAACGAUGGUACCGCUCCCAAACCAGUCGCCGACGGCAACACAAACAAAGGGACGUUGCCGCCACGCGCAUUCAAAAAUGCGGUCGAGCAUAUGUGACGAAUCGGAGGAAACGUCAACAGGUGGCCGCCGCCACGUCUUCCCGUCGAGUGAAAGCGGCCCUAGCAUCGAAACCACGGCCGCUAACUCCGCAACACGCCGCCCGUCGCAUUCAAGCGCACGGACGGAGGUAUGUUGCCCGGCGCCGAAGGCAGCAGCACGUGCCUUCCACGACGCCACGAAUUCGUGGACGAGAGGCGUCGGCACGGCGCCUGCAACGGUUUUGGCAUGUCUAUAGGUGCAAACAACGGCUGCUUGUUGUCGUCCGACAGCGCCGCGUCAAGAAAACUACCAAAUCAAUCGACGCGGUAAAGCAGCAGCAUUCCCCAGUGAAAAGGAAUCGCACAAAUCAAGCGGCCCGAACCCUCCAGCGGUUCUGGCACGUCUAUCGAUGCAAACAACGAUUGGUUUAUGUACUCGGCACGAUUUCGCAGCAGAAAAUGAGACCAACCAAAGCCAUCAUCACGUCGAGUUGGAGACAGCAUCACAAGGCGGCGACGCGUCUGCAGAGAUUCUGGCACGUGUAUCGAGGCCGAGCGCGACUGCGCGCGGCGAUCGCUCUCGGACGCCAGAAGCAAAAAACUGCAGCAGCACCAGCAACAAGCCAACGACCACCACCAUUGACAGAAUCAACGGGGAUGAUUCCUGCCUUCCCCUCGAAAGCCAAAGCCACUGACAAACGACAUGCGUCCUUCGCACACGAUCAAGCCGCCCGUCGAGUGCAACGGUUCUGGCGGGUAUAUCUAGGCCGAACCCAUCUGCGACAAGUAAUAACAGCGGUCGCGCGCAAACAACCACGACCGCGCCAUCUACCGCCCAAAAACACCAAGGCUACCGCCUCCCCUCCGAUGCGACCCCCUCGCCUCAACUCCCCCGCCAGCGCACUCCAUCCAUCGUCUUCUCUGCUGCCCAUUUUCACCACGGACGUGGCGCAAAUAUCGCAAUUGGCGACUCUCAUUGCCAACUCGGUCAAUGUCGAGCUGUCGAAACGCAUGAGAGCCCACGACCUGCAGCUGGAUCGGCUCGUGACGUCUGUCACGCAUCUGCAGAAAGCUAUCGACAAGCACAACGGGUCGCUGGAACGCGUAUUCUCCAACCAAGAUCGACCACCGCCGCAAGACGUCAAGGCUGUGCUCGGCAACGCGAAACUGCCCAGUCUUCUUCCCAAAGCCACGUACAGCAACUACGUUAGCAACGUGGUUGUAGCCCCCCCAACCACCUCCACUGGAUUGUACUACAACUCGUCGCCCACCAAACAACUUCGAUCGAUUAAACAACUUCCGUCCAAAUUACCGCAACAAACAUCGUCCCGAGCGAGCAAAUUACCAGUGCUGCGAAGCCCCACCAAGGCGCGAACAAAGUGGCCAUCCAGGAAACUCAAGUAAAAUCGUUGGAUUCCAAGAAAACACAAGAAUAUUGUUGGCUUAGAAUGAUAUUGUGCAGUUGACCGAUGUUAAUACUUGACCCGAGUUUGUGCAAUCAACC